AUGGAAGAAACAAGCGUCAUAAAUAAUUCAACAGUUUGCACUAUUUGUUUAGAAAAAAGGUCCCAGUGUCCAUUGUGUAAGAAGCAAACGAAAUCUUUAAUCGUCAUAAAUAAAGUUAAUGAAAAUUUCGAAAUAGUGGUGAGACAGAGAACAGCUACUGAGUAUGAAAGAGAGAUUUCAUUCCAAUACGAUCUUGGUGAUCCAGUUCAAUCUGUGGAGGAUAUAACAGUAGUAUAUGCUAGAUGUCAAGUAUGCGGUCUAUCAAAAGAUGAACAUUUAUUGUUAUUAUGUGACGGUAUUGUUGGACACAAUGUGGAUGGCACGAUUAUCCGUUGCAAUGCUGCAUGCCAUUGUUACUGCUUACCGGAAAAACUUGAUAGUGUGCCUAGAGGAGAAUGGUUCUGUUCCUUUUGUGCCGAUUUAAAACAUGCUCAAAAAUCAGUGUACAAUACUUCAUACGUAAGACCAACACAUGCACUGCCAUCAAAUGCUCAACAGUUAAUCUACCUUGCGGAAUCGGACCUUUCCGAUGAAAUUAUUCCAGGCAAGGAAUACAUUAUUAGACCAAGUGGAAUGAUAAAUCAAGCUGUUGUUAGGAAUGGAGACCAAAGUUAUGUAAAUAUUCUGGAUAAUGAUAGAUCUUUAAGUGAGUCGAGAUUGGAAAAUGAAAAUAAUUGGGACGAAUUAGAUGAUAUGGUCUUGACAACAGAUUCAGAUUCUAAUUAUGAUGCUACUGGAAAGACUGAAGUCAUCCGUCCAAAAAAAUUGAGGAAGAAAUUAAUUGAAACGAUUGGCAUUAAUUCUGAAUUUGGUCGGCAAAAAGAACGCAACAAAAAUAGACGGAACCUUUCAAGAUUCCUUUCCAAUCGAGUAUUAUAUCCAUCCACUCUAUCUAUCAGAGGAGAAAACACUUUAGAUAUACCUGUUGAUGAACCGAGUUCUGUGGAUUUGAUUGCGGAAAUCAUGCUGGAACAGUCAAAAACUUUAACAUCAAGUGGGCAUCAACACAUCUCACGUGGCGGGGUAAAAAUUGAAACUAAGGAAGGAAUCGUGGAAAAAAAGUCGAUUGAUGAAAACAUCGCAUUUUGUAAAGAAUUAAUUUCGAAGAAUAUCAAGGAUUCAGAUGAAAAGGUAUCAAUGUAUUCGACCCGUAGCAAUCAGAUUGAUGCGAAAGAAAAACGGAAACGCCCUACGCGCUGGGGUACUCCUACUACUUCAAAUAUCAAUACUCAUGCUAUUGUAACUGCUUCAAUACCUCUUCCUGUCGGAUCACCGGAAACAGAUGUUGUAGUAUCUGUAGAAAAUAUACCUAUACCUUCAACAAAUCAAAAUUCACAUUUAUCACAAGCUACUGUUCCUUCAAGGACAUCUGCUGUUGACACUGAUCCUUCGACGUCUUAUGCGAUGGACGUAUCAGCAUCUUUGCCUUCAUUAAGAAUGACUAAUGGGCAGCCACAAAUUAAUUUGGCUUCAUUUGCUGGUUCAAAUAUUGCUCAGCAAUCUCUUGGCUUCAAUCAACAGUCUCUGGUUUCAUUGGGGCAACAAGCUUUCGCUAGUUUCAAUCAACAGUCGGUACCAGGCUUAAACCAUCCACAGUUGACGCCAAUCGCACAAAGUCCCAUAGUUCAAAUGCAGCCUUCUUUGCUACCAAAUUUCUUCUUACCACCAUUAAAUUUAAGUGCAAUGAAUGGGUUUUUGGCAGCCGGUCUUCUUGCAAGUAAUAAUCCACUGGGAGCUCCACCAAUUACGCAACCAUUAGCUCCUCAACCAUCAUCUGCUGCGACAGCACAGUUCAUAUUGAAUCCGAUGCAACAGUUAUCAGCUGCAUCUGCUCAUCAUCUUAAUCAACAUCUUGUGAAUUUAACCAGCACGUUACAGGAGCAACAAAGUAGGAAGACGCCUGAUACCACACAACUAUCUCAAGAUUCUGUUAAGCAACCUGAAGGUGUUCCUCCACCACCACCAGUAAUGAAACCGCCGGAACCAGUUUCAUCUAAUAAUACAUCACUCUAUGAACCUUUAGCUGAAAAAAUUCGAAAAAUAAUAGAAGCUAGUAAUGUCAAGCCGUUGUGUGACUCAAAUAUUGAAGAUGGUUUCACAAACAGUACUACUGUUAUUGAAGAUAGAACCAACAGUGGACCAUAUGUCGAUCUAAAAGUUGGUGAGUCAGGGCGCAAAAGUGCAAGUGCAGAUGACGAAGAAGCUGAUGAAGCAGUCAAGGCAAAAAAAUUCCAUGGAAAUGGUGCGAUGUUUGAAGAAGCUCGUCAGAUGCUUUCUUCUUCUCUUAAAAAAGUUUAUAGAUUGAAACAAAUUACCAAAGAAGAAUAUAAAGAGAUAAUGAAAAAAGGUGUAGCAGCAUUAUCUCAGCGUACGAAACUGGAUCAGAAGAAAGUUGAUGAUUAUGCCGCAAAAUAUGUAGAAUGUAUCGUGCAUCGUCGAAAAAAACGGCAUCAGAUUUAA